ACAGUACUUCCCAUUCCCCAUCACAUCGUUUGUACUUGAACUUGCAUUUUUGUUGGACAAUUUUUGAUUAUAAAAUGGAAUUCAAGACUAAAGUAAUUGUUAUAACCGGAGCUAGUUCUGGAAUCGGAGCCGCUACAGCUGUUCGAUUUGCUAAGCUUGGAGGUCUCCUUACACUCGUUGGACGAAAUCUAGAAAAAUUAAAUGAAACAGCCGAAAAAUGUCUUGCUGAAAAUGGCCAACAAGCACUUGUUGUAAAAGCUGACGUCACAAAUGAAGAAGACGUAAAACUUAUAGUUGAUCAGACUUUGGAAAAAUAUGGCAGAAUCGAUGUUCUUAUCAAUAACGCUGGUAUAAUUGAAAAUGGCUCAAUAGAAGAAACUAAUCUAACACAAUAUGAUCGAGUUAUGGGCACCAAUGUUCGUUCGAUCUAUCAGCUAACUAUGCUGACAGUUCCUCAUCUUGUGAAAAGCAAAGGAAAUAUUGUUAGCAUUUCGAGUGUAUGUGGCUUGAGAGCAUUUCCUGGGCUAGUGGCAUACAACAUGUCAAAGUCGGCAGUUGACCAAUUUACAAAAUGUGUAGCUCUUGAAUUGGCACCGAAGGGAGUGCGUGUCAAUUCGGUGAAUCCGGGAGUUAUAGUCACUGAAUUACACAAGAGAGGCGGUAUGGAUGAAGAGACCUACAAGAAUUUCUUGGAAAAAUGUAAACAAACUCACGCACUUCAGCGCCCAGGAAAUGUCGAUGAAGUAGCAGCAGCUAUAACAUUUUUAGCUAGUGACAGUGCCAGCUUUAUAACAGGAGUUAAUUUGCCUGUUGAUGGAGGCCGUCAUGCUAUGUGUCCACGUUAAGUUUAAAUAUGAUAAGUAUUUCAUAAACUUAAAAAUUCCCUAAUGUGUUAUAUAAUUUUGUGUGUGUAAAUAAAAACUAUAAAAUAAGAAUA